CACACACACCGGCAGACCCAGGCAGCAUGUCCUCUAAAGUUCAGUUCACAGGCCCCAGAGCCAAGGACCACGGGCCCCCAGCCCAGGAGAGUCUGCCACCCCCAGUGGCCAAUGCUGAAGCCAUCCACUUCCUCAGCUCCCUCGAGCAGAAUGAGCUGCAGAUGCUGUUCUUCUCCGAGACUCUGGCCGUGGUUACAGACACAGGGGAGCCUCAGGGAGAGCUGACCAUUGAGGUGCAGAGAGGGAAAUACAAAGACGAAUGUGGUGUCAUGUCGCAUUGCCUCCUCGUGCACGCGUUUAGCCGCAGCUUCGUGGACAAAAUGCUCUGUGGAAACUCCCUCCUCGACAUCUGGCCAAGAGAGUCCAGGUGGGCUCCCCGGGGUACUGCAUGGUCACCAAGAUGCCCGUCACGAGGGAGGCAGAUGAGAGUGAGCCUGGCCCGGUAUUUGAGAAGAAGCCCCUGGUGUGGGAGGAGGACCUGGAACUCUACUCCAAGUUCAUGGACCGAAAGGAGGAGCUCCGUCUCAGCCACGCGAACUACCUGCGGCACCACCCCGAGGCCCAAGCGCUCAUCUCCGACUUCCUGCUCUUCCUGCUGCUGCGCCAGCCGGCCGACGUGCUCACCUUCGCCGCCGAGUACUUCGGUCCCUUCGCGCGGCGCCGCCCGCCGCCUCCCGCCUCGCUCUCCUCCCGCCGGCCCGGCCCGCAGGAGCCGCGGCCCAGCCCCGGCGAGGGCUAGGCGGCCACCCGGAGCGCCGGGCCGCGGGCGGGGACGGGGCGGGGCAGGGCUGGAACACGGGCGGGACGCACCCUGGAGGCGCGCUGUCCGGGCUGCGGUUUUGAUGGAAAUAAACGGGGCCCUCCAGACUCCGUCUGCUGUGGGAACCGGAACCUUCCUUGGCCAGACUCGUGUCUUAGCUAAACGACAGGAACCGUUAACAGCGUUUAACGAGCGAAUUUAAGCCUUUUUCUCUAGAUACUAUUAUUUUCAAUAUCCCUAUUUUAUAGAUAGAAAAUAGAGGCACAGAAAAGUGGAGAAACUUCUAGAGAUCAGCACGUGGGAAGCCCGAGUCAAACCUGGAGGCUGGAUUCCAAAACUCUCUUAGUGAUAAGUUAGUGGGGAUGGACAGGACGGGCUUCUUAGCACUCAGAAUCAAUCUGGACUCCACAGAGCACGCGGCCCGCUCCCUGUCUCCCCCACCCCACAAAGAAAAAGAGCAGACAUUUGGGGGGGGGGCGGUCAAGAUCACCACUGGCCUUGCUCAUCACCUUGGAAGCCUCCCAAAAUACCUGCCACCAGCUUACAUUAUCCACCUCCAUCCUCCUGGUUUCCCGCUGACACACAGACUGCGAGCGGGGUCCCCAGUUAACCUGCUUCCUGAGGAAAAAAGGGUUAAGCAGGUAAUCAUCACCUCUUUUAGGCUCCUUGCUUAAUGUCAGUCUGGCCAGUAGCUUAUUUCUGCCCAAUGCUGGCCAUGGCUCAGUAGCAAUAGUAGGCAAGUUCCCCUGAGGCAGCUGGUGGGGGCGCUGUGGGUGCAGGGCGUGCAGGCUCCAUCCCUCCAUCUAUUCAUUCAUCAGACCUGCUAGGAGAGAUUUAGGCACACCGGAGAAACUCUGCACCACAGGGGACAAUAUGAACCAACAUCUGCAAGGCUGGGGGAGGGGCUUCCAUGAUGCAGGAAUCCAGCAAGGAAGGCUUCAUGGAGAACUAUGACUUGACUUGAACCUUAAAGAAUGCUUAAAAAUAUUUUUUAUUGUCCCCUUCCCUUAUCUCAAAAGAAAUACAUGUUCAUUAGAGAAACUUACAGAAGGGAGAUAAACCACAAGAAGAAAGUGAAUUCGCCUCAAUUCCUCGACGUAGAGACAGCCACUCUUAACAUUUUGGCCAAUAAUCCUCUCUACUCUUUCUUCUAUGCAUAAAAGCGGCUGGUGUUUGUUCAGCAUUUGCUCUGUCCAGCACUUUUUUAAAGAAUGUUUGAUCUAGUCUUUACAACUCCAAGAAACUUUAAUUAUUUUUU